AAUCAAAAUGUGACAUCCUUGGUUACGGCGCUGACAAGUGACGUCCAUUGCUUUAGAAGUUGGCGAUUCAUCUGUCAUCUCUCUUUAACAUUGACCUCCAUAUUCUAUUUGUCUACUUGUCUGCCUCUCGUCUCAUUGCCUGUUGUCCAUCUGUCUGUCUGUCUUCCUGUACUGUAUAUUUAUUGUCUGUCUGCCUUGUCCUUUUGUGUGCCCGCCAUUUCUGGCCCGCCCCAACGGUUCUUUUAAGAACCAAAGUUCUGCUGUCAAUAUGGCUUCAAAGGAAGAUGCUGAGGAUGCUCAUCUUAGGGAGCUUCUGAAACAAGGUCAAGCUUAUGCCAAGGACCUUAAUCCUGAACCGGCUAAGAACAAAAAGAGGACCACAAAAAACAGGUUCAGGAUUAGUUGGAGAAAGAGAGAUGUGCGGGGAGCAUUAGUCCCACAAACUACCAAAUGUCGAUCUUCAACUGCACCCAGGGCUGGAACGAAGAAACGCAAGGACACUGUCAGUAACACACAGGACCUUGUUGAGGACAGGGAUCAUCAGGAAUCAGUUCUUUAUUCCCUUCUUCAAGCGGUCAAAGAAAUGUUACUUGAUGGUCAGCCAGCAGCCCCUGAGUGUGAGAAACACACAGAGGCACAAGAUUGGGGAAUUCGAAAUGCCUGUUCUGCAGAGAGGUGGAAAGUGUCCCGCCCGCAUCUCAUCAACAGCAUGCUGUCAGAUGAGGCAGUAUUGCCCACCACCUGCCAGUGGUGUAGGCAAGGAGUGGCUGUGAUGAGGUGUAGUGAGUGCUUACCUCACCAGUAUCUGUGCAUGGCCUGUGACAAAGAGCAACACACCAGACAUGUUCUGCACAACCGGAGAUCCCUGAUCUAG